UUUCAGUUGAACUCCGUAUUAAACCAAGUGAACGGAAACAAUUAUGAGCGUGCACCCUGUCAUUAUCUGUCUUUUCAUUUUCUUUUUCAUUUUGCCGCCUUCUGCAGAUACUACUGUGAAGUGUUUUAAAGGGUUCUCGGGAGAUGGAAGGCCGUUCAAACAACGUCUUUGUCAGACAGAAUAUUGCAUAAAAACGACAGAGCCAACUGGCGGAGCUACUUACGGAUGUGAUGACUUUACGCCGUUUUGCAAAAAAGACGAAUGCGUGGUCACUUCGAAACAAAGUAAAGUCUGUUGCUGUAAUACUGAUCUGUGUAACUCUUCUCCAAUCACUUUCUGGCCUGUGUCUCUACUAUUCUUCAUUUUAUUUUCUUAUUUUAUGUCUAGUUAUUAGUUUGAACUUUAUUUAUUUAAAAAAAUAUUCCGACAAAAACGGGUUAUUUUCUGAUGAUUCACUUCUUUUCCCGAAUAAAUGUUUU